UGUGCACCUGCGCCACACUGGACUCACAAGCCCGUUGGUGUCACAUCUGAUCCAGGGUCAGCGGGGCGUCGUGUUGUUCGUGACAAGUUCCGCCAUUUCCCCCCACUUCGGGCCCGUCUGCAUCCUUCUUCCUCUUUCUCCAUUGCGCUGUUAUCGGCUAGUGGUGUCGGUACGGGGAGGCGUAGCGGCGCCAGACAGACAGACAGGCAGGAAGGCAAGCAGGCAGGCACACAGGCAAGCAGGCAAGCAGGCAAGCAGGCAGGCAAGCAAGCGGGGAUCCGGUGUUUUCCACAGUGGGAUGAGAGCGGUUACCGACAGCCGGGCCGGAUGAGUUUCAAACACCGCAUCCCUUGAAUUUGUGAGGGCAAUUAGCGGCGCGACGACAUAUUGUAACAUUUGUUAUUGUUGUCUGUAUUAUAAUAGCCUGCCUCUAUUAGCUUAGCUCUGAUUUCAUACUUCCACCAACGGUGGGGAAGGGAAGGAGGAGCCCGGCCAGGUCUCGGUAGCAGGCGGAUGUUUUAUGUCACUCUUUUUCCUCGGGCUCAUUCACGAAGACAAACGGAGAUAGAUUUACAUUUUUCAAGUGUUUUUUUGUUGUUGUUGCUGCACUGAGUGAGCGAAGAUGUCGGGGCAAAGCAUUACGGACCGGAUAACGGCAGCCCAGCAUAGUGUGACGGGAUCGGCUGUGUCGAAAACAGUAUGCAAGGCCACCACUCACGAAAUAAUGGGCCCGAAAAAGAAGCAUCUGGACUACUUGAUCCACUGCACCAAUGAGAUGAAUGUGAACAUUCCCCAACUGGCCGACUCGCUGUUUGAGAGGACCACCAACACCAGCUGGGUGGUUGUGUUCAAGUCAUUGAUCACCACACACCACCUCAUGGUGUAUGGCAACGAGCGCUUUGUGCAGUACCUGGCUUCCAGAAACACACUGUUCAACCUCAGUAAUUUCUUGGACAAAAGUGGCCUGCAAGGGUACGACAUGUCCACCUUUAUCCGGAGAUAUAGUCGCUACCUAAAUGAGAAAGCCGUUUCCUACAGACAGGUUGCCUUUGACUUCACCAAAGUUAAGCGAGGGGUGGAUGGCGUCAUGAGGACCAUGAAUACAGAGAAGCUGCUCAAGACCAUCCCCAUUAUCCAGAACCAGAUGGACGCCCUCCUCGAUUUCAAUGUCAAUGCCAACGAGCUGACUAAUGGAGUCAUCAAUGCAGCCUUCAUGCUCCUCUUCAAAGACUCCAUCAGGCUCUUUGCUGCCUAUAAUGAAGGCAUCAUCAACUUGCUCGAGAAAUACUUUGACAUGAAAAAGACCCAGUGCAAAGAAGGUCUGGAUAUUUACAAGAAAUUCCUCACCCGAAUGACCCGAAUAUCGGAGUUCCUCAAAGUAGCCGAGCAGGUGGGCAUUGACCGAGGAGACAUUCCAGACCUUUCCCAGUUCACAGUCUGUGCUCCCAGCAGCCUUCUGGAAGCUCUGGAGCAGCAUUUGGCUUCUUUGGAGGGCAAGAAGGUCAAAGACUCUACUGCUGCCAGCAGGGCCAGCACUCUGUCGAACGCCGUGUCGUCGCUGGCGAGCACGGGAAUGUCUUUCACUAAAGUGGACGAGCGGGAGAAGCAGGCAGCCCUUGAAGAGGAGCAGGCCCGUCUUAAAGCGCUUAAGGAACAGAGGCUCAAGGAGCUCUCCAAAAGGCCCUCCUUUGCCACCACUGAUACGUCGCCCAUCUCCACCACCGGGGGCACUAUUAGCACGGCACCUGCUAUCGAUCUCUUCUCUACACCCAGCUGCUCCAAUGGUGCAGUGAAGAUGGAGAGCGACCUCUUUGACCUCCAGUCAACGUUCCAGCCCUCCAUGCAGCCCGCCUCCUCAGGGCUUCCCGUGGCAACGGCGUGGGCAGAUCCUUUCACCUCCGCUGAAGCUGGAGACGACUCCAUGCCAAACCUUAACCCUUUCCUCUCAAAACUUGUUGUCGAUGCCUCUCACUUACCUGUCGUGUCUUCAGACGGUGUUAGCUUUUCCACUAGGACAUCUGCUCAUGAAAUGUUUGGUGAUCAUUACAAUCCCUUUAUUGACACAAACUCAUCCGUUUCAACCAAUUACAAAUGCACAGUGCGGCUAGAACACUCCAUCUCAGACUCCUUCUGUGGUCCAGUGUCCAUAGCCCAGCACCUCCCACACCAGGCUCCCUUCCCCACAGAGCCCUCUACUGUAGCCGGUCUAUUCAGAGGAUACUCAGCGCCUCAGCCCCCUCCCCAGCCACCUGCAGGAGGUCUCCAAGUGGACUUUGAGUCCGUUUUUGGAACAAAAGCUACAGGCAGCAACAGUCACAAUGUCGAUGAUAUCCUGAAACCGACUCUUGCCGGCUCCAACCAGCUGUCCAAUCAGCAGCCAGAAAAGCUGGUGUCGGAUGACCUGGACUCCUCCCUAGCCAACCUUGUCGGCAACCUCGGCAUCGGAAAUGGCACGAUGAAGAAUGACAUCCACUGGAGUCAGCCCGGUGAAAAGAGGAUGACUGGCGGCACCAACUGGCAACCCAAAGCGGCACCGUCGACCACCUGGAACCCCGUCUCCAUGCCGCCAUCCAUCAUGGCCUUCCCCGCCACCACGCCCACAGGCAUGAUGGGAUAUGGCAUGCCUCCCCAAAUGGGCUCCAUGGGCAUGAUGAAUCCGCCCACCAUGAUGUAUGGCCAACCUGUGAUGAGGGCGCCCAACCCUUUUGGCUCUGUAUCCAGCACUCAGCCCUCGGCAGCCUCUAGUCCUUCCAGCCAGAGUCCACUCCGAGCCCCUGGACAGGACCCGUUUGCACACCUCUCUCUCAAGGAUUUCUUGUAGAGCGUCUCUUUAGACGCAGUUCAUGUAAUUUGGAGGAGCUCGUCUCUCGGGAAGAUGAAGCACUUAGCAGCAAAAAGCUUUGUCCCCGUUGCAGUCCAACAACUCUUCAGAGAGACAUUCACCCUCACCACCUCUACACCGUCACCCCUCCUCAAGUAACUGAUCACGUCAACAACCACCACCGCGAUGGCGCAGCGACUGUCAGAAACCAUGGUAACCAUGUCUACAGAAAAAUGACGUUUUGCUUGUGCGCGCGCACACACACACACUUCAUAUUCUGUAUCCUGUCCCCCGAGACGUGGAGCGGUGCUGCUGCCAGACCCCUAAAGAGGAUUCCUUCUACAUGUUACAGUGUCAUCUGUAAGAUAAAGAUAGUUCUGGCCGCUGAGAGCCUUUCUUUGAUGUUCUGUAUUUGGUUAAAGGAAGCAAAAAACAACAGGAAACUGGUUGGAUGUUGAACAGGGGUGGGGGGGUAGUUAUAGGGCAAUGGCGACCUUCCCUUUUCUCGACGCCAUCGAUCCGAGUCACCCCGCAGUUCUUUAACCAUCACCGAGUAGUGAUGCUAAUGACGUUUACACCUGUUUAGUUUUUGUCUUUUUUACCGUGUUUACAGUAGACAUUCCCUGUGUGUUUGUAUUUAUUUAUGAUUAUUGGUUUAAGAUGGAGGGGGUGGCGAGGGGCGGGAUCUAUUGUAAAAUCAAAGCGUACGUAAUAAUGAGCAUUGAACACGCGUGGGACUGCUUAAGCAUUAAACAUGGACUAUCAUUAAGAGGUAGUGACAAAUAGCUAUUAUAUAAAUGACACCUAUUAAGCUGAAUGAUAGAGCACUAAAUAUUCUUUGUGUUCCAUUUUUCUUUUUUUUUUUUUUUUUUUACUACUAGGACAAAAAUCACAGCCGCCACUGUACUGUGAGUGCAGCGUUUCCACCGAGAGUCACUAAGAGUACAUUCUGUGCCUGUAGGGGUCUUUUUUGUUUGUUUGUAUGCAAGUGAUUGGUUGAAUAACAUUUCACGCACCAUCCAGACGGCGGCGGGCUCCAUUUGCUUUAAAGCUGGGCACGCCAUCCACUCACUCAGCGUACUCAAGGCUGCCUUUACUAUGAAUGUGCAGAGUUGUCUUCAUGUUGCACACAUCUUUCCACGCUGUGCGUGCCCCCCCCACCCACCUCUGAGGCUCCAAACAAUGUGGCUCUGCUGGCUUGCGUUAGGAGGGGCUUAAAUUUGAUGUAAAUGAACUGUACAAACGAAUCCAGACCGUGCGUGGUGCAGGGGAGGAGGCGGAGGUGAUGAUGAGCGCUGUUGAUCGGCGCUCUUGUGUAAAUAUCCUAAUUAAAAAAAAGACAAAAGCGAAAGAUGUAUGAAAUAUGAACACAAUUCAAUCAAAUUGGGCUCUACCUAAAUUUGAUUCAGGAUUCUCCUCUGUGUUUGUCUCUGCAGAUCUAUUGUCUUUGUCAUUAGAACCUGUAGCAGACAAUGACUGAAAUCUUGUUUUUCUUUUACAAAUAAAGAGCAGCUUCCACACUC